UGGAGGGGGCGCGUGAGAGCCUGUGUCUUCGACCUCUCUGUGUGUCUCUCUCUCUGAGCCAUGCCUAGCUCGGAGUUGCUGAUGGAGCAGAGUGGCACCUUGGAGCUGGUGGUGGAGAUGGAGAUGGGCCUGGGCAUGGGGAGGAUGCUGGAGGACGAGCAGCGGGCAUUGCAGUUGGCACUGGACCAGCUCUCCAUGCUGGGGCUGAGCGAGGAGCAGGAGCAAGCAGAGCUGCUGGCGGAUGGUGAGGAGGAAGAGAACGUCAACAACAACAACAACAACACUAGCGCCGGCAGUGGCCACCACCGCCACCAGCACCACCGGGAGAGCUACCUCGCUGCCCUGUACGAGGGUGGUGAAGCCAAAAGGAAGAGUUGCAACACCACCGAGUGUGUGCCGGUGCCCAGCUCGGAGCACGUGGCUGAGAUCGUGGGCAGGCAAGGCUGCAAGAUCAAAGCGCUGCGAGCGAAGACCAACACGUACAUCAAGACGCCAGUGCGAGGGGAGGAGCCCGUCUUCGUGGUGACUGGUCGGCGUGAAGACGUGGCCAUGGCGCGCCGGGAGAUCAUCUCUGCCGCCGAGCACUUCUCCCUGAUCCGCGCCUCCCGCAACAAGGACGGCCCGGCCCCCGGGGCUGUCCCCGUGCCCCCCAACCUGCCGGGCCAGACCACCAUCCAGGUGCGGGUCCCCUAUCGUGUGGUGGGGCUGGUGGUCGGGCCCAAGGGGGCGACCAUCAAACGCAUCCAGCAGCAGACCCACACCUACAUCGUGACGCCAAGCCGCGACAAGGAGCCCGUCUUCGAGGUGACGGGCAUGCCCGCCAACGUGGACCGCGCCAGGGAGGAGAUCGAGGCCCACAUCGCUGUCAGGACGGGGGGCCUGGUGGAGCUCAACGACGAGAACGACUUCCACUGCAACGGGGUGGAGGCAGGCUACGGGGGCCGGGCACCCAAGCCCUGGCCCAAGCUGGCCCUGCCGGCUGGCCGCAAGCCCCUGGCCAGCUUCCGAGGCAACGGCCCCGACCCCUUCUACGGCAACGCCAAACCCGCCGACCUCCACCACCACCAGCACCACGCCUGCUACGGCAACGGUGCCGCCUACGGGGAGGCCUACUUUGGUGCCGAGGGGCGGGAGGGCCCACCCGACGCCCACCGCUGGCCCCCGGCGGCGGCGGCCCCACCCCCCCCGCCGCCGCCGCGCCACGCUGCCAGCCGGGAGUGCCAGGUCUGCUUCGAGAGUGAGGUGACAGCCGCCCUGGUCCCCUGUGGGCACAACCUCUUCUGCAUGGAGUGCGCCAACCGUAUCUGCCAACGCAGUAACCCCCAUUGCCCGGCCUGCCUCAGCACCGUCACCCAGGCCAUUCCCGGCAAGCAGCUGGCACUCUGUUACCUCUCGCACCGGUGUCCCACCGAUGGCACCAGCUACUGGCACGCCGACCAGACAAUAUUCCAGAACUCCGAACCACUUCUGACUUCUCUUCCUUUUAGUUUUCGUUCGAUGGUGGAUGUACAGGCAGAUGCGGUGAUGAGAUAUUGUGUCCUGUCGAAGUCUGAUGGGUGA